UAAUGAAACCUGGUUUGCUCGAGAGCGUUUCUAAAUGUGGCAAGUGAGACAGCAUCAGACGUGACGAUAACGAGGUCGAGGCUAUUUAUAACUACCCUCAACGGUCACGACCACCGGCGCGGGCGGCGUUUGUAGGCCCCCUUAACGGUCCCUUCUAAGAAUGCCGCCCAGCCCGACUCAGCGCAGCCCGAAACUGGGCACUGUUUAUUUUAUUUUGUUUUAUUUAUUUAUUUAUUUUUCGGGGAGACCAGUUCCCGUGUGGAUCAAGAUACGAUCGCCGCACCUCAUCCAUCUCACUGACAAUUCGUCCAGAAAUUUCCUGCGAAUCCUCCUCCACGUCGCUGCAAAAGGAAGGAAGGAAGAAAGGAAGGCUCGGGUCCUCCUCCUCAUGGCCCGUCGUGUUUGUUUGUAGCGUCUGUCUUCAUCGGUGGUCUUGCCCCUGGUUUUGUUGGAUUCCGUCAGGAAUUGCAAUUUCGGAAGCCUUGGCUCGGGUUUAGAAUCUGAAUUCGUGCUUCCCUGGAGCUGGAUUUUGCUUUUCAUUCACUAAGAGCAGUUGAGGUCCCGCUGUUUUGAUUGAUGGAAGCCGAAGUGAUGGAUAUUCGGUUUUUUUAAGGUCUGAGAAUUUGAGGACCAGGACGUGGUGGAGAAGGGGAUAUAUUGUUGGGGACGUUCAUGGCGAUGGGUUCUGCGACGUGAAGAAGUUCGAGAAUCCUUGUGCCGCUGUCGAUAGUGUUUUUUGUCGCUUUUCAAGUGGAGAUUUGCAGCGAUUUUGCAGGCAUCAUGAUGCUGGGUGUCAGAAGAGGAGACAUGGGGACUUACUUCAAGAGGAGCCAGUUUAAGCCUCUGGUGUCCUCGUUUCGGGAAGAUCCAGUUGGCACUGCCGGAACAGUGGCGAAGGUUGACUCCUUGAUCGGAGUGGAGCUCGGCACUUCAAUGAAAUUAUCCAUUCUCAAGUUGGAUGGCAGUCAUUUUGACGUAGUAGUGCUCACCAAUUCUAGGGUCAGGGACCUGAAGCAAGCUGUCGUGAAGUAUGUCGACCACUUGGAACAAUCAGAGCUUGGUCACAAACGCAUUUCAUGGCAACAUGUCUGGGGGCACUUCUGCUUGUGUCAUGGGACCGAGAAGCUUGUGGACGAUGAUGCUCGACUUGCCGGGUUUGGGAUAAGAAACAACGAUCAGCUGAGGUUUGAGCAUCAUGUCUCACUGAGAGACGAAGGUCAAUAUCUGCGUGCCAAAAAACGUCGCUUCUUUCAUGGUCUCAUCAAAACUGAUCGGAAGACUCCUGCAUCAACCGCCUCCUUCUCGUAAUUGGACACACUUUGGGUCAACCUCGGCUUCACUGCUUGUGAGAGUAACAUGGAGGUCAUUGGGAAUAAUGCCAGCCACAAUAAAGAUUGUGCUGCCAGUAGAGUGCUAUUAGAGACUAAUUCUACAUCAAAAAUCACGAAAAAUGAGUGAACACAGCACUACAUAAUUUCUUUGCGUUUUCAUAUGUGAAUAUGUCCAUGUUUCUGCUGCUCCCGAAUUCUUUAUACACAUAUUUACAUAAUUAUCUUGGAUCCUGAUUUUCUUUGGGGUUCUGGACGAAGUGAAUAAUGCAUACUAUCAUUGUGUUGUGGAAGUCUCUGAGGAUGUUAAGUUGGUAGCAAGCAGUAUGACCUAAUGUUAAGAAAUUUUGGGCUCAUGGCCACCUCCAACUCAUCAAUUUAGCUUCUUGCUGGAGUAUGCUCCUACUUUGUCUU